UCGUAGGAUACGACGCAUCAAGCGGACGGAUUAUAUGUGUGUGUAUGUUUGUAAUCAACAGCUGACCGGUGUUAUUUUGGACAGAGACGAGAUACGCAUAAAUUUAAUAGUGAAAUCACAACCCAGCAAUAUGUUAUUGUCAUUUCCUUCUCUAUCGUGAAAAACAUGUAAAGCAAGGUUUGCCAGAAAUCCCUAAAUAAGUGAACUUAGAAAGGAUGAUUCAGAAUUGAUAAAGGUUUAUCGUAAAGAUAUAUAAAGUGUAAAAUUAUAUCAGAAGUGUUACACAAGAAAUAUGUCAGACUUCGAGAAAAACAUGUAAAGCAAGAUUUGCUAGAAAUCUCUAAAUAAGUCAACCUUGAAAGGAUGAUUGAUAAUUGAUAAAGGUUUAUCGUAAAGAUAUAUAAAGUGUAAAAUUAUAUCAGAAGUGUUACACAAGAAAUAUGUCGGACUUCGAAAAUCUAACAAUCAAGCAACCCAUUAGACGCUUAGAAAUCCAGAUUAAUAAUUUUAAAGUCGCUAUUCCACAUCAUGUCGAUUUGUUACAACGACACAAGAACAACAUUAGAAAGUAUCAAGAACAGCGUGAUUGGGAACGAAUACAAAGAGAACAUGCGAAUGUCUCUCGAAUUAUCAAACAGUUAAAAGAAUUAUUGUAUCAAAUGGAUACUCUCAGAGCACAAGUGCUCGACAAUGAUAUUGAACAAUUUGACAAACUAACCGCAAAUGCACGAACAAGUAUUAUGGAUGCAAUCAAAGAAUAUUUAGAAAUGGAGUUAAAUUUGUGGUUAACACCACCGUCGACACCAACAAAUACAAGUGAGUUGCCACAUCCACUUGCUAAUGUCCAAUUACAAGUAGAACAGGAAGAUUUGCAGCAUCAACAAGAUUGUUUGCAAGUCUGGAAUUCUUUGCAAGGAGAUAUACAACAGCUGCACGAACUUUUCGUUGAGUUUGACAAGGUUGUAAAUGAUCAGAAAGAAAUGAUAGUUAAUACGGAAAAUAACAUUGAAGAAACCCAGAUAAAUGUAAGGAAGGGUGCAACAUUUUUGGAGAAAGCCUCAAAAUAUAAAACUGCUGCUUACCCUCUAGCAGGCGCUUUGUUAGGUACAUGUAUAGGAGGACCUAUAGGUUUGAUAGCAGGAUUGAAAAUCGGUGGGCUUACUGCAGCAGGCUGUGGUUUUUUAGGUUUUACGGGAGGAGCAUUGUUGAGGAAGAAACAGAUAGAUUCACAUAAAGUAGAAACGCUUUCUAACGAUUCAGUUACCGAUGCCACAAAUGUUAAAAAAUCUGCCUCUUGUCCUGAAAAUUUGGAAAUGGACAAAAAGCUAUUGUGACAGAACGUUACUUCGUCAAAAUGUGAUAUUAGUGUUAAACGUAGAAAGAAAUGUAAUAUUGUGUAAUUUUUAAUCAUUACGAUAUUUGUACGUUUCAUUGUUUUACAUUUUUAUCUAGUUUUCUUGUUUUUAACAUUUUUGGCAUCGUACCUAUAAUUAUUUUUUUAUUAUUAUUGGGAAACAAUUAAAAUAAGUUUGUACAACUGAUUCAGACUAUAUAUUUUUCUAAAGUAUAGACGGUCUAUUUUGCAACGUAUUGUGAAUUCACCAUACUUUGCAUAUCUUCGUAGAAGUGAUCAUUUGCAAUAAAUACACAGCUCGUAAAUUCUCGUCGUGCACGGCCAUGUUCGAGUUAACGGUAGGUAGAUUUUGUUUUACAAAAUAAUGACGUUAGUAUGCCUUUCGCGUGCCUUCUUAUCGCUUCAAGCUACUCAAUAUAUGUAUCGUGUUUAACGAUAUUUUUUUGGUAGCAGUGGUAGCCUUGUAUAUUCGCUUAUCUAUAAAUUACUACGGUCACAGCCAUGUAUGUUUCCGAGUAAAAGUUAGUAAAACGACACAAGUGCACAUGAUGCAUUGCGUUUGUAAAAUAAAUGGCUAUAUCAAUUUACGAUAUUUUUUUAUCACGAGGUACUUUACACUUGAAACGGACUAAGUUGAAUUAUUUGGAAGAAAUUACUUUCGACGCUCAUCAACAUAAGAAAUGUACAUUGAAUAAGAUAUAAUAGCUUUUUAUAUAAAUUGACGAAAUUCACGUGCGUAGAUAGUUGAAACUACAGAUAUUUUACUUUCUAUAAUAAAUAUGAUAUUGUAAGAAUAUGCGAUUGUAAGAAUCGAGCGAAUCGUAUGAAUCUCUUACAUAUUAUAAUUAUAUACUGGGAAUGUGAUAAUGUGGGAAAAUAACACUCGUGAAGAAGUUGAGUUCUCUACAAAAGGCACCCAAUACAGUAUAUUUAGCAAGUAAUAAAAUACAUCGGUGUUAGACACGGUACAAUACUGAAAUAAUCGUGUUAUUAAAUGUAAUAUAUACAUUUCAUUCAUAAUGAAAAUACUUAAUCUAUAGGGACUAAAGAGUGUUCUAUAUACUUAAAAAAAUAUUAAUAAAUAUCUAAGAACGUG